CGCUAACGGAUCGAGCUGCAGCCUGGAGAUGUGCAGGAGUAGGAUCCAUUACUGUGCUGUACUACGGUCGAACUAUUUACUUGAAUCUGUGUGCGAGUCGAUUUAGUGUGUGGGUCAAAGUGAAGGGGCAAAAAAGAAGUCAUCUAAGGAAUCACUGCCACCACAUCAAGGAACACGAUCAUUCAUCAUUCUAUCAGUUCUUGCAAAUGGAGCACAGUUAUAAGAAUACCGACUGUUAUUUUUUCUAUUAUUCUACAUGCAAAAAGGGUGAUGAGUGUCCAUUCAGGCAUGAACCAUCUGCCUUGGGUUGUGAAACAAUGUGCAUAUAUUGGCAGCAGGGCAAAUGUCUCGAUGAACACUGUAAUUAUAGGCAUAUGGAGUUGAAAAAAAAUCGUAAGGCGAUUCCGUGUUAUUGGGAAAAACAACCUUCCGGUUGUAGGAAACCGCACUGUUCGUUUAUGCAUUCGAAUGCUCGCAUGAUCACUAAUAAUCCCAUUAACCCAGUGAAGAAUUCAGAGUUGACACCAAAGUCGUUAAGUCAGGAAUGGUUAAAUCUUCAAGGUAAGCAUAAUGAUGCAAAGUAUGAUGGAAACAGCACAGAGUCGGAUCAAGGUAGAGGAAGUAGCGAAGCAGGCAGUUUUAUCGGUAGUACAGCCGUUGACCCUCUUAUCGUCAAAUUUGAAGAAGAGUCGGACAAUGAAAGUGUACCGUCCCCGGUAAAGCCGCAGCCGAGGGUUCCUUACUGCAAAACCUACGAAGAGAUCAGGCUGGAGGAGAUCCAGGCCGAAAGCGCGGCAUAUUACUCCUACCAGAUGGAGGAUCAGCGGGGGGAAGCGGCCGAUGACAAAGCCAAGAUACGCAGGGAGAGAAAAGCCGGCCCGUAUCCGACGAACGGCAAGGAAAAGAACGGCGAGAAGAGCUCGGACCUCGACUUCAAAGUGCUCACGUUGGAAGAGAUUCGGCGCAAGAAGAGGCGCAAAUUCACGCAGGAUACCGAGUCCGGGUCGCCCAUGGAGGCCUCGGCUAUGGAAGACGUCGGCGAACCGGUCGAUUUUCUGAAGGACACCGUGAAAACGCUGGCUAAGCUCAGAAAGGCGACCGGCGUGCAAAGAGGCGUUAAGAGAGUCCUUCGAGACGACAACGACGACAACAACCGCAACAACGACGACGACGAGGACGACAACAGCGGUAGGUGCAAGAUCAGGUGCAACAGCACGAACUCGGGCUUCUCGGGCAACGCUCCACCGGUGAAGCUGAGGAGAUCGCCGAAGAGGUUCGUCUCUCUCGGGGAAGCCGACGCGGGAGAUUCCUGCAAGCCUCCCCGAGUCGCCGAGGGAGAGAGAAAGAGGAGUAGCCCGGCGAACCCCGGACUCGAAAGGCUGAACAGCUCCGAGUCGACCGAGUCGGCGAGCCUGGGAAAGAGGAACGAGGUGGAGAUCAGGCUGUGCGACAGCAGCACGGACGAGGAUCAGAGCCAGGUGGAGGUCAACGAGGAGAAAAAGCUCGCCGGGGCGAUAGAUUCCAAAGAGACCUGUGACAGCCUCUUGAACGUCAACGAGGAGGACUAUCUGACGCUGGACAUGGCGUCCGACGACAUCCUCAAGGACAUCGACGCUUUGCUCAAAGAGAAGAACUCGGUCUGAGGUUAUGUCCAAGGUUAUCGCGGUUCUCUCUUUGGUUCUCUUUUACAGGCUGUUCGGAGACGGUCGUCGUCGUCCUUCGGUUUCGCGUUCGAAGCUUCGUUCGAUUUCUUCUUUUCCCCACGACCGACCGAGGUCUCUGAUCGUAGCUGAGUUUCCGGUAAUUUUCGAUGAUUCUCGGUGUUGCGAUACCUUUCGAUUGAAAUUCCAAGAGAAUUCGUUUCGUUCGUGAUAACACACGCCACCGUUUAUAACGACACCGUUGCGUUACGUUAAUCUCGGUAUCAACGACAGAUACCUUUCCUCUUUCUCUCUCUUUUUUUUAGACAUUUGUACAGUUUCUGUGCUCCGUUAACCGUAGGUUUUUUAGAAGAACCAUGCAUUUCUUCGUCAACUGUUCGCAUUUUCGUCUUUCUCGCAGAAGUCUAUCGUUGAUCGGCUCACGGUUCGCGAACGGAAUAUUCGAUUACUCAACGUUGCGAGUAUAUGCGUAUCUCUGUGCACGCGUUCAAGCCGUUUUAUCAUUGGAUAUUUGUAAUCGUUGACGAGCUUACUGCUAGUAGCGACUUUCUUCGCUUCUUCGAAAGAACAUCGUCGCGGUAGGAACAACUUCGUUCGCAUAGGGCGCAGCAUUCCCUUCGUAGACGCGCGCACCGUUCUCACAUUCGUUUUUAUUCCUCUCCGCUGAGAAAUUUCGAUGUUUCACGAAUUUCUGUCGAAUCUUAAAGAGACGAGGCUUCAUCCCGCAAGGUAAGACAAGGAACAGGGUUUUAUCGAUAUUCUAAUUCACUUUAGAAGAAGCAAGCCGAUUGCAAAUCGGAUCGGGAAGAGGGGGAACGACGCGGCAAACGUUUUCCCAUCGCGUUCCCGUAUCUCUGGAUCCUUGUAGAUCGUAGACCGUAGAUCGUAGAUAAGAGGAGUUUCUCACGGUACAUACUCGUACUACUACGUAGCACCCAAGACUACGCAGAUCGUUUUUAGUCGUUCGUUCAAUUUUUGUCAAUUAAUUGUUCUCUAUUUGGAACGUAUGCUUGGAAGUAUCGCGGGUUCGCGAUGUGCGGGCUCGCUCUAAAACUCGGUGAUCGGUCGACCGUGUUGGCCACCGAUCGCGAGGGUGUUUCGCGCGAGCUCUAAUCGCGAGGGUGUUCCGCGCGAGUUCUACUCGCGAGGGUGUUCCGCGCGAGUUCUACUCGCGAGGGUGUUCCGCGCGAGUUCCACUCGCGAGGGUGUCUCGCGCGAGUUCUGCUCGCGAGGGUGUUUGCGCGAGUUCCACUCGCGAGGGUGUCUCGCGCGAGUUCUGCUCGCGAGGGUGUUCCGAGCGAGUUCUGCUCGCGAGAGUAUCUCGCGCGAGUUCUGCUCGCGAGGGUGUCUCGCGCGAGUUCUGCUCGCGAGGGUGUUCCGAGCGAGUUCUACUGGCGAGGGUGUCUCGCGCGAGUUCUGCUCGCGAGGGUGUUUGCGCGAGUUCUACUGGCAAGGGUGUUCCGCGCGAGUUCUACUCGCGAGAGUAGAAUCGCGCCGCCGCGCCGAAAGAACCCGCUUUCGAGACCGAAUCUUGGGAGAGCAAGCAUCGGCAGGAUGCACGGUCCUCGAAUUUGUAAUAAUAGAAUUUCGUUUCGUACUAUUCGAUGCUAGUUACAACGUGCAACGAUGGCAAAGAAGGAGAGCUCGGGUAUUUCCCCCGGUCGGUUAAUGAAUUCUUUUUUCUGCAUGCAUCUUGAUCGGCCGACUCGCGCGAUUCUAUUUGCAUCGUUGAUCAGCCCCCGUUCGCGUUUGAUGUUUGAAAUACGUUCGCGUUCGCAUGACUGUACACCAUCCGGAUGGUCGCGGAUAAAAACGGUUCAGACGGAUAAAUUCGAACGCGGUAGAGCUUAUAUUAGUUAGGUCGAGAAGGAACUUGGGUGGUCCGAUAGCGUUUCGUCGAAAACAACCUGCUGGAUUAGAAAGGUUAUUUAGGUGAGUUUUUGCAUCUUCGCGAUCGUACUCGUCGUUUCUUUUUUUUUUUCGUUUUUUUUUAUUAAUAUUUUAUUCCUGUCCGCCACUUUUCCGAUUAUUGAAACUAUAGACUAAGUUUUGAAGUACCUUCUGAUAUUGACAUUGUAUAAAGAAAAGUAUUAAAUCGGAAUAAAUAUACGGUUGUUACAUUUGCAAGUAA